CACAAAAAAAGCAGAGGAAGAGGAGUAGUAGUUGCCCCUCUGGCUUUCCCUUUCCACUCUCACUCUCACUCACGCCUCUCUCUCAACCUCUAGCCCUCCAAAAACGACUGACCAAGUGAAUUCAGAAUCCCCCCACAACCACCAACAUGUCCCUUCUCUUCUCAUCACUCGCGUUUCUCCUGCUAAUCACCACCACCACCACAUCAUCACCGGCGGCGACUCCCCUCCGCCGCGGAUACUACUCCGCCACCUGCCCUCCCGCCGAGUUCAUCGUCAGGGAGGUCAUGAGAAAGUCACUCCUCUCCGACCCACGAAGCGCUGCCUCCGUUAUGCGCUUCCAGUUCCACGACUGCUUCGUCAAUGGAUGCGAUGGUUCAAUGCUGAUGGAUGACACAGACACCAUGCUUGGGGAAAAGCUCUCCCUCUCCAACAUCGAUUCCCUCCGAUCGUACGAGGUCGUCGACGACAUCAAGGCCGAGCUCGAGAAAGCUUGCCCCGGCGUGGUCUCCUGCGCCGAUAUCAUCAUCAUGGCUUCUCGCGACGCUGUUUCCCUGGUAAAACAACUUUUCCUUCGGUUCAAUCGAAUUCAUAAUACGGGUGGGCCGAACUGGGAAGUGAAGCUGGGCCGGCUGGACAGCCUGACGGCGAGCCAGGCUGACGCCGACGCGAUCAUGCCGAGUCCACGGGCCAACGCCACGAUGUUGAUUGACCUCUUCGCCCGCUACAACCUCUCCGUGAAGGACCUCGUGGCCCUCUCUGGCUCCCACUCCAUCGGCAAAGGCCGCUGCUUUUCCAUCCAAUUCCGCCUCUACAACCAGUCCGGGUCGGGUCGGCCCGACCCGGCGAUCGAGCCGCAUUUCCGGGAGAAGCUGAUGGAUCUGUGCCCGAUGGGCGGCGACGACAACGUGACGGUGGGGCUGGAUUCCACCCCGGUGGUGUUCGACAACGCGUACUUCAGGGAUUUGGUCGGCGGGAGAGGGUUCCUGAACUCCGAUCAGACGCUGUACACUUUUCCGGCGACGAGGAGGUACGUGGAGCGGUACAGCCGGGACGAGGAGGAGUUUUUCCGGGCGUUCGUGGAAGGGAUGGUGAAGAUGGGGGAUUUGCAGUCAGGGAGGCCAGGGGAAGUGAGGAGGAAUUGCCGGGUUGCGAAUGGGGGACGGCCGCCGGCGCCGGCGGGGUUUAGAGUAGAUAGAUGGAUUAGCUAGGUGUCUAAUGCUAGUCCCACGUUAAUGGUGGAAACAGCCGGAUUUCGAUUGGUUGGUAAAGGAGAUGAAUGUAAAUGGAGGAAGAUAGCUUUUUCCUUUUUCCACUUUGUCUGGUUGUCUUGCUUGCUUUGUUGCGAUUUGCUGAGCUAGCUUUUGGAUCAUAUCCUUACAGUGAUGGGCUUUCGGUUGGAAUCUGUCAAACCGAUUUUGUUUGUUCUUGCUUGCGAUCAUUAGUCAUAUUAUUACGUACGUCUUCCUUUUGGCGUUUGCUUUGAUUCGUGAUUGUUGUUGUUGUUGUAGCGAGCCUAUUUGUAUUUACCAGAAAGCUAUGCUCUUGCUCUACCCUUCCCACAACCCAAGAAAUGAGAUCGAUAAAAUAGUAGAGAAAGGGUUUUGUGUGCCACUUGUAAUGUAGUCCAAGUCGAAUUUAUGG